GAGAGCUCCGUCACUCCGCACAGACCGAGCACAGACCAAAUCCACUCCGGAGCAUCUGUGAGCGGAGGACGGGGGAGAUGCAGAGACAGACAGCGGGUCUUGCAGCGGAUCUAUCGGGAUUUUGAAAUCCAGAGACGACAUGAGUAUGAUAUCUGAAUUGAAUGUUUUUGUCACCGGCUUUGUGGGAUUUUUUUCACCGAGUGAAUGUGGACGUGAAGCGGGACUGCAAUGGAGCGUCGAUCCAUCGCGUAAGAGCUGCUGACCGUCCGUCUGUUCGCAGGCUAAUAUUACAGACAAUAAGAAGAGGAAAUUAGCCAUUAGAAACACUGGCAUCUCAUCAUUUGUGCUGCUAACUAUAUAAGUCUGUGUUAUUAGGCACGAUAGCUUUUUUUCCCCUUUAUUAAUGAUCUAGAAGCCAUACCGAAUUUGAUAUUAAUGAUUUAAAUAUCUAUGGUUACACAAGUCACCGGCAGACAGGAGGAUAUCCAGGCUGAUUAAAGGCUUCAUUAAGGUUUCCAGCCUGUUUUAAAAAAAAAAAAAAUUGAAUGAAAGUGACAUAGAUUAAUUUUGUUGAAACAAUUAGAGGACAGUCAUGUCAAAAAACAAGAGCAGCGAGUCGGUGAAGGUGGUAGUUCGAUGCCGCCCUUUGAACCGGAGAGAGGAGUCCAAUGGACCUGCAGGGGGCAUCGUGCAGAUGGACCUGCGGCUUGGACAGGUGAUCCUCAGAAACCCUCGCGCACCAGCCAGCGAGCCCCAAAAAACCUUCACAUUUGAUGCAGUUUAUGAUGCAAACUCCAAACAGCGAGACCUGUAUGACGAGAGCGUGCGGCCUCUGAUAGACUCAGUGCUCGCGGGGUUCAAUGGCACCAUAUUUGCGUACGGGCAAACCGGAACCGGAAAGACGUACACCAUGCAGGGCGCGUGGAUGGACCCAGAGAAACGGGGUGUGAUUCCCAAUGCUUUUGACCACAUCUUCACACACAUUUCCCGCUCGCAGUCUGAUAAGCAGUACCUCGUGCGGGCUUCCUACCUCGAGAUCUAUCGGGAGGAGAUUCGGGAUCUUCUGGAUCCCAACCACGGCACUGCCAGAGCCUUGGAGCUCAGAGAGAGUCCAGAGACCGGGGUGUAUGUCCGAGAUCUGACGUCGUGUGUUUGCAAGAGCAUCAAGGAGAUCGAGGAGGUGAUGAACGUUGGCAACCAGGCGAGGGCUGUUGGGGCGACGGACAUGAAUGAACACUCGUCCAGGUCCCACGCUUUGUUCUUGAUCACGGUGGAGUGCAGUCAGCCCGGACCAGAUGGGAGGAAACACAUCCGAGUUGGACGCCUCAACCUGGUGGAUCUGGCUGGCAGCGAGCGCCAAGCCAAGACCGGCGUCCAGGGAGAGCGCCUGAAAGAAGCCGCCAAGAUCAACCUUUCCCUGUCAGCACUGGGCAACGUGAUCUCAGCACUAGCAGAUGGACGCAGCGGCCACGUGCCGUACCGGGACUCCAAGCUGACCCGGCUGUUGCAGGACUCUUUGGGCGGGAAUGCAAAGACAGUCAUGGUCGCCACCUUAGGCCCGGCUCCCCAGCACUACGAUGAGACCCUGACCACCCUCCGCUACGCCAGCCGCGCCAAGAACAUCCAGAACCAGCCAAAAGUCAACGAAGACCCCAAGGACGCUCUACUGCGGGAGUUCCAGAGGGAGAUCGCUCGCCUCAGGGCGCAGCUCAACCACAGGAAGUGGAGGAGCAAACAGAAGAAGGAGCACGUGGAGGGCGAGGGCUGGGAGAGAGACGGGGAUGAAGAGACGGAGGGCGAGGAGUCGGAGGUGGAGGUGGAGAAGGACGCAGAGGAGUACGUGAAGCUCGAGGAGCAGCGGUUGGAGAGGGAGAAGGAGGCCAUCAGAGGAGAUCGAUUCCUGUUGGCCGAGGAGAAGCAGAGGCUGCUGGGAGAGAAGGAGAGGAUGAUGGGGGAUCUGAGGAAGGAGCAGGAAGCCACCGAGCAGCUGACCGCCAAGUACAAGGCGAUGGAGAGCAAGCUGCUGGUCGGCGGGAAGAACAUCAUCGAUCACACCAACGAGCAGCAGAAGAUGCUGGAGAUGAAGCGGCAUGAGAUCGCUGAGCAGACGCGUAGGGAGAGGGAGAUGCAGCAGCAGAUGUUUGUCCAGGACGAGGAGACGCUGGAGCUGAGAGAGACUUUCACUUCCCUGCAACAGGAAGUGGAGGCCAAGACCAAGAAACUCAAGAAGCUUUAUGCCAAGCUCCAGUGCAUCAAAGCCGAGAUCCAGGACGUGAACGACGAGCACGUGAGGAGCCGACAGGAGCUGGAGCAAACUCAGAACGAGCUCACCAGAGAGCUCAAGUUCAAGUAUCUGAUCAUAGAGAACUUCAUUCCUCCGGAGGAGAAGAAUAAGAUCAUGAACAGACUGACCUUUGACCCCGAGGAGGAUCAGUGGAAGUUUCAGCCUCUUGUUGCUGCUGAAAGUAAAUCCUCGCAGAUGAAGAAAAGGCCGGCAUCUGCAGUCGGAUACAAACGACCCAUCAGCCAGUAUGCCAGGGUUGCCAUAGCGAUGGGAGCCCACUCCAGAUACAGGGCGGAGAACAUCAUGUUUCUGGAGCUGGACAUGACGCCUCCCAGCACCGCCUCACUGGAUCGUUCCACCGAAGCCGACCAAAGUCCCUCUGUGGACAGCUCGCCCACCAAGGACAGGGGCGUCCGCAAGUCUCGCUCCUGGUGUCAGCCCCCGAAAUCCAUCACUUCCUCCUCUUCUAAUGCUUCCUUGGCGGCAUGUCACAGUGCCACACCCACAGCGGCACAGUGAAGCAGGAUUUUUUGUUUUAUUGUUAUUUAUUUUAUUCCCUCUGCUUCCUCCUCCUCUUUUCCUCUUCCUCUUUUGGCCAUUGAUCAUUUUGGACGACUUCUCUGUGAAGCCUACAGCUGGGACACAAACACACACCCACCUCUGCUGAGUCCUGAGAGGUCAUGGACUACCUUAAUGGGUAGUUAAUGAGGAAAUGAUCUCAUGACAGGAAACAAAAUGACCUUAUGAACCUCAGAAACUCUGUAAAACAUCACCCCCUCCUGUUCUACGGAUGUAAAGAGCCACCAGAUCCCCUUCUGCCAUGCAUGUUUGAGACCAAGAGCCUCGGAUUAUCCUAAAACAACUGGCUGCAGUGCUGCACUGCCCAGACUGGUGUGUGUGUGUGUGUGUGUGUGUGUGUGUGAGUGAGUGUGUGUGUACUGUACAUACAGGGCUGUAUGAUUGCCUGUUUGUGUAUCUAAUUGUGACCAAUAGAGAUCUGGAAGAUCACAAACUGCUUGUAGAACUGCUUGAGUCCCCUGUAGAAUAUCAAUCAGUGUAAAUAUUUCAUAUAUCUGUUCACGUCUGUGUCGGUUUCUGGAGUUAAGAACGGUAGAAAAAUAAUGAUAUAACAUAUGAUGUGUGCUGUUGUUGGUCAGAGAGGUUCCUUGAAGCCUGAAUGAUGACCUUUGUCUAACAUUAUUCCACUGUCCGUCCACUCUGUCUAAUUUAUAAGAAAUGCCUUAAAAUAAUCAUGAAAAUUAAAAUACUGAGGCAUGUCACACUUCCAAAAUCAAUUUGCUGGAUUUUUUUUUAUUUAUACCAGGACAAAGGAAAACACAGGGGAACAUUAAAAUCUAAAACAAAGACACUUUAAAUGUAGAUCCAGUUAGAAACUAAGUGUCCCAGGUAGAUUAAACAGUAAUCAUGGCUAUUAUAAAAUGUAUUCUUGGUCAUGGAAACUCAUUUGCUUUUUCUGGAGCUGGGUGGAGAUUAAACUUGAGUAGUUUACUCCGUCAUUUGAGGAAGACCAUAAGAUGUGGUUAAAUGCCAAUACAUGGACCUUGAUCUGAGAUUUUUACAAAACACCACUAAUGCUUUACCCUAAAUAACCAUUUAAGUCACCGGCUAGACCAACUCAACCAUGGACUGAACGCAGCCGGUCUUUUUCCUUUUGUUUGACAAUUUACACAAAAUAUAAAAACAAUAGAGUCAGUGGAGAAAACAUAUGUCUGUUUUACCUUACAGUGUUUUCUCUGCCUCCACCUCAAAGUUACUUGUGUGUAUCAGGACACCUCUUCGUGCAUUAUCCCUCUGAAAAAGAAGGUUCUGUUUGUUUGUUGUUAUUUUAACGAUAUGUUUAUUAUUGAGGCUGUAAUUUGCAGCAGUGUUGAACUGGACUCCGUCAUACCAAGACGAGCUUCUAAUGUUUUGCUGGCCUCGUUUCUAAACAUGAAAGCAGAAGAAUAUGAGAAACAUGUCGAUAUAAUGCAGCCCAGUGCACCACCACCACUGACUAGUCAUAAACAUAUAGUUUAAUUAGCACCUCUCAGAAUAAUAAAGUGGCCUAGUAUUGUAUAUGUAGUAAAGCAAACAUUAGUUUAACACAUACAGUGGCAAGACGAAGUACGUGAACCCUGUGGGAAGACAUGGGUUUUCUGUAUUGAUCGGUCAUAAAAUCUCCAACAGGAGGAUUUUGUUUGUUUUUAAGACAAAUUCACACAUAAACGCAGGUAUUUCCAAAGGUUUCACUUACUCCUUCUUGCCACUUAAAGUGAGGACUUGCCUCCAGUAGGUCGGUGUAGCCAUGUCAUUUUUUUUUUGCUGUGUGGCUUCUGUGAAGUGACGCAGCAAAUUAAAACCAUUGCUGUAAAAUUGAAAUUAAGUUAAUUGAUCGUGGCUGCCGUGGCAAGAAGGUCAGUAAAACCUAACCUGCUGACUGAGGGUUGUCUAAGUGAAGCUGAAGGGUGCUGGCCUGUUGUUUUGGAGAGCAGGGUGCAGUUUGGUGUCACAGGGUUCUUUACUUCCUAGAGGUUAAGAGGAGCAGACAGUGGGGGGGGGGGGGGGUCAGGCUGACUAAUUAUCACUGUAUUAUUGAUGCCACAGGUCCUGUUGCAGCUGAACCCCCCGCUAGGCGUAAGAGCACAGAACAGACCUUUACCUGUGUAAAGGUACGACAGAUAUUUACUGCAAAUGUUUUUAUACUGUAUCUUACACAUGAAAUCGUCCUCCUGUGUGUGAGAAAUGUGUCAUCACCCAAACAUCAAACCAUAUCAUUGAUAAUAUCUGAUAAUAUGACAGAAAUGUGCUUGUGGAAAUUCACAAAAGUAAAUUUUUAACAUUUUUAAGUUACUGUCACUUACUGCAACUCGCCCACAAAUGGUUGUUUUCAUUACAGCUGAAUCUACCACCAUUUUAUAAUGAAUAAAUUACUCAUUUGAUCUAGAAAAUGUCAAAAACAAAUGUCAACAUUUCCCAGAAAACUAUGAUGAUGUCUAAAAAAUUGUUUUGUUUGACUUAACGGUCCACAACCCAAAGAUUUUUUCAGUUUACAUUGAUACAAAGAAGAAGAAAGCUGCAGAUCAUGUUUGACAUUUUUGACUUUAAAGAUUGUUUUUCAGCAGAGGCUCUGUCUGCGCUCACUCUGAGGAAUAGCUCACAUUACCAAAAUGAUCUCUCAGUAAUAUGAACUAAAUGAGUUGGAAGGGUUAGAAAUACCAAAAGCAAACACUUGUUGUGGUAUAAAUUCACAUCUGAUGCUGUUUUGAAUGAAUUUAAGUCUGUGUUAACCUACUUCCUCCUCAGUCUUGGCACUCUGAGGAUUUUAUGUGUUUAGUCAUCGGUGUCUGGGUACAUAAUUGGCCUAGUUAGGAAAAAAGUAAGAAUUUGAGUAUCCAGUGUAUUCUGUAUAAUAGAAACAUGCAACUAUACCUUUAAUUUGAUAAAGAUUUAUUGCAGUGUAUUAUUGUUUGUACGGAGGAAGACAUUGUACAUUUGUUUGGAAAUAUUCUCAAUAUGAGAGGGUCUAUCAGGACACAUUUCAGGGUGCUAUUGGUCAAAUAAAGACAUUAAAAUAGUGAUAUUAAAGCUAAAUAUAGAAAGAAAAUUGGUGUCUACGAUACUGAAAACAGCUCCUUUAAAUGUUUAAAUCAGUAUAUUGUUUAUUCGUACUGUGUCGCCUCCACUGCCUCAGUAUAUAUGUGACUUAUAGUAUGUGUAACGUUUUUGUCAUAUUAUUCAGUAAAAAAAAAAACAUG